UUCUGACUUUAGUGCUGUUUUAACCAAGACAACACACAAUAAUACAAUAAAAGCAUCAAAACCUUCAUCACUCCCAUGAACUAGCAAGUUGGUUGGUCAUUUAGGAAUUCUGCAUAUGGAUUCUCUUUUGUCCAUGGGGGAGGAGGAGAAGUCAGCCACAAUAGUAGCUGUGGAAAAAAUACUCUCCUACAGCUUCAAGGACAAGGCUCUUCUAGUAGAGGCACUCACACACCCCGCCUACUACAACAACAAAAACAAAAACAACAACAACAACAACAACGGCGAGUCGUUUAGGUCGUACCAGCGGCUCGAGUUCGUAGGCGACGUUGUGCUGGGACUGGCCGUGAGCAAAUACUUGUACCUGGAAGACCCUAGCCUCGGCCCAGGACAGCUCACAGACCUACGCUCCGCCAACGUCGGCAACGACAAACUCGCACGGGUCGCCGUCCGCCACGGUCUCCACCGCUACAUCAGGCACAACAAUAAUUUGGACGCCUCUCUUCUUGAUGAGGUUCAAGAGUUUGCUGAUGAAGUCAGUCAAGAAGGCGAUAUAGUUUUACAUGGAUCAAUUAAAGCCCCAAAGGUUCUUGCUGACAUUGUAGAGUCUUUGGCAGCAGCUAUAUAUUUUGAUCUCAAUUUCGAUCUGGAAAAAUUAUGGGUGAUCUUUAGGGAUCUCCUGAAACCUAUUGUCACACUUGAAGUCUUGCAACAACAACCCCAUCCUAUUGAUACAUUGUAUAAACAGUGUGCAAAGCAAGGGAGGGAAGUUAAAAUUAAGCCCUGGAGGGAUGGGGCAAAGAAUAUUGCCAGUGUAUAUGUCGAUGGCGUGUUUGUUGCCUCAGGUUCUUCUGAUCAAUUAAUGGACAUUGCAAGGCUUAAUGCAGCAAAGCAAGCAUUGCUCGAGUUAGCGAAAUCUAUGCCCACUAACAUUGGGAGGUUAGAUUUUUCUUUUGGGCUCAACAAGUCAUUAGAGAUUGAAGGAGCAAUGCAAAAGUUGCACGAGUUUUGUCAGAAGAAAAGGUGGGCUAUACCUAAUUACAGCAUUGCGAAGGCAGAGGGUCCACCACACGCAAAGAAAUAUGUAUGCUUGGUUCAAAUAGAAAAUGUAGAUGGUGGCUUGUCUAUGGAGGGAGACGAAAAGUCAAAAGUAAAGGAAGCAAAAAAUUCUGCAGCUUCAUGUAUUAUUCGUGCCUUAUUAGAGUCUAAUCCGAUCCGACAUAAUAUAAUAAAAUAUUAAAGUAGAAGCCUCACCGAAACUUCUACUAUAUGUCAUGAUUGUCGAACUUAUAAAGAUUGAUACGUGUUGUAUUUAUUCAGAUGAUUUGGACAAACAAAACCACAUGGAGCACAAUAAUUUGUCCAUGUCAAUUUUAUCUAUUACAUGUCUAUCAGGUGUCAAUAAUAAAUGGAUAUUUAUAAAUUCCUAAAUAAAUAUGUGCUUAAAAUUGUGUCA